AUGUUCCUUGAAAUUCAUAAUCUUGAGCAAGAAUGUGGAUUUUUGCUUAAAAAGUUUCAAAGAAAGAAGACUAAUCAGAUUGCUGCUUUGGUCCAACAAAUGCAACUUACUUCAUCAUUACAGAUUAACUUUCCUGAUUCCAGUGAUUGUACCAAUGCUAAAGGGUUCUGUGGCAACAUGAGAAAACAGUUACUAGAAGAAAGUGUAGAUUACUAUACAUCUAUAAAAGAAAUGCUUCGACAAGUUGAAUCUGAUGAAGUUUCUUCUUUGAUACCAAAUACUCUUAAGAAAGCUUAUACUAGAGUGAAAGUGUUUGAAAAUGCAUAUAAGCAUAACCCCUUCUAUGCUACUUUCUUAGAUUCCCCUGUAAGUUAUCCUCCUUAUGGAAUACUUGAAACAACAACAGGCCAGAAUUCAGGAAUAGUUUGUUAUAAAUGCAAUCAAUUUGGGUAUAUAAAUCAUCAGUAUCCAAACCCAGUGAUGCAAGAACCAACUAAUUCAACUACCUCUAUUUAUCCUACUCCCAUCAAUAAUAGGAUUUAUGAGGAAGAUGAAUCUUUGUUCCUUCCAGCUGAUAGAUAUAUAAAACAGAAGCCUAUAGCUACUCCAGGGUUAGGUGCAGCUAAUAGACAUAAGCAAGCUGAAUUUAAUCCAAUUAUUACAUCACAAGAAGUUGAACAAACCAACAGUCAGACCCUAAGGAAAUCAUUAGAAGCAGUUAAAAAGAAUAAUAGUAAAAAAGCCAAAACCAAAAAGGCAUCUGUCUCAAGAAGGAAGAAUGCUAAGGAAGAAUUACUUUGA